AUGACUUCAACCAAAGAGGUGUCUCAGCAUCAACCUAUCCUUGUUGGAACCUGGCUUCAACGAAUAGAACAACUACGGGAAUUCCAUCUACCUAUUAUCCAGAAGCGUAGUGAGGAGCCUGUUGAGCCGGAUCACUAUGUAGUAUGUGAUAAUAUUACUCUUCAGGAGUAUCUUGACUACGAUCGUACUGAUCUGAAGGAGCUUCUUUGGUUCCAUAAUGGAGAGGUCCUCAUAUAUGAGUUGUCCAGAAUUUCACCUAUUCAUGAAGUUAUCAACACUUGGACUUUCUCAAGAUUUGUGCUUCAGCUUCCUGAGGAAUCAUACGAUGGAACGGGAUCAAUGACCCAGGUCCUAGGCCAAAGUGGAGCACAGGCCGAUAGUUCCAUUACCCCUUCUGGACGACCUAGACCUGUGCCAGAGGGAGGUCUCUCUGCUAAUGGAACAUUUCCAUUCCCUACAGUUAUUAUCGAAGUGGGAGUUUCUCAAACGGUAGCCUCACUCCAUCAAAAAGCAAAGCGCUACCUCUCCAAUACCACCGAUAUCCAGGUUGUAGUUUGUAUCAAGAUCUUUCCUCCGAAGUCUGACGACGGCACUUUCAAAGCGUUGGCACUAUUGUAUCGAAGAUCAGUUAGCACCCAGACCCCAGUCCAAGUCAUUUCUUUUGGAACGAUCCCUUUCGAUCUUCCCAUGGUCUAUAUCAUUCAAGGACUCGGCCCAACCACCGGCAACACUCUGGCAGUCAAUACACCUCCUACGGUCCCCAAUGAUCCACUAUACCUCCUACGCAUUCCUUUGGCCGAUAUCUACAAUGGAGAUGCCAAUGGAGUCCCUGGCAACCCUGUCGAUGUAAUAAUCGACCUCUUCCAUUUGAUGACUAAGAUUGCCACCAAUUGGGUUUGA